GAGACGAGCACACCCAGCGGGUCUGAUCGGUGAAACUCAUGUUUCUAGAGGGAGAACGGAUUAUGAACGCGUUCGGGCAGCAGCCGUCGAGCCAGCAGACCAGUACCCUCCAGCACCACAACGCGCAGGACAUCCUGGACAUGACCGUGUACUGCGACACCAACUUCAGCAUGUACCAACAGAACCUCCACCAUCACCACCACCACCACCACGCGCAGAGGCCACCUGCGCAUCCUUCCAGCUACGGACUCGGCGAAUACACCUCAGCCACAGCCAACCCGUACCUGUGGAUGAACAGCCCAGGUAUCACCUCAUCCCCCUAUCUCUCCGGCCCGAACGGAGGCUCUUACAUUCAGUCAGGAUUUGGGUCGAACCAGCGGCAGUUUCUUCCUCCUCCCACCGGCUUCGGAAACGCGGAUCUCGGUUGGCUGUCCAUUUCAAGUCAGCAAGAACUUUUCAAGAUGGUCAGACCGCCUUAUUCCUAUUCAGCGCUGAUUGCGAUGGCUAUUCAGAACGCGCAGGAAAAGAAACUGACGCUCAGUCAGAUUUAUCAGUAUGUGGCGGACAACUUUCCUUUUUAUAAGAAAAGCAAAGCCGGAUGGCAGAACUCCAUAAGACACAAUCUGUCCUUGAACGAUUGCUUCAAGAAAGUCGCGCGGGAUGAGGACGACCCUGGGAAAGGUAAUUACUGGACUUUGGACCCCAACUGCGAGAAAAUGUUCGAUAACGGCAACUUCAGAAGGAAGAGAAAGAGAAGAGCUGAUGGAAACGCCAGUAGCCUGUCGGUAAAAUCCGAGGACGCGCUGAAAUUGGCGGACACGGCGAGUCUGAUGAGCGCUUCCCCGCAGAGCCUCCAGAACUCUCCGACCUCAAUCGAACCUAAAUCGUCCCCUUCACCAUCCGCAGAGCACAGCCCGUGUUUUAACAACUUUAUCGGUAACAUGAACUCGAUAAUGGCUGGAAACGGCAACGGGAUCAGAAGCAGAGACGUCAGUUCUGGACACUUGGGGGAUUUUACGCACGGCAUGUCUGGACAUGAAAUUGCCCCUCCAUCAGAACCAGGCCAUCUCAACACCAACAGACUGAACUACUACUCAGCGUCCCAUAACAACAGUGGCUUGAUCAACUCACUCUCCAAUCAUUUCAGUGUCAAUAAUCUCAUUUACAACCGGGACGGAACAGAAGUUUAGAAUUUGUGAACCUCUAAUGUGCUCUGUGAGUACAUGGACAGUCUGUUCUUACAUUAGACUUCAUUUCUAUACACGCUCACCUCAGUCGCACAGUUCAUUUUCAUUCAGACUCUCUGGUGUUUUGGGAUGCAUCAGCAAGUGGGUUUGCAUGAUUUACAUUUAUUCUGCUAUGAAUAAAUGGUAACAUUGCACCAAACUGUGAUACUUAACAAGUCCACACAUGUCUAUUUCCCAGGCCACCAUAACA